AUGAAAUACCUGAUUGUAUUGUUACAUUCAGUCCUCGGUUGCUGUUCCUCUAUUAUCGACAGCUACGCGGUAGAAGGGAGUCUAACAUGGCCGAGAGAAUUUCACUAUAAGGCUGAAAAGAUCAGCCUCAAGUCUGAUAUCGUUGAGCCCUACGAAGUAUGGCACAGUUCAGAACAAAACCGCUCCCGGAUAGACUUCUAUGAGGGAACAGUGAAACGUUUUAUAUAUAGCGAUCCGGAAGAAGAGGAGCCAAUUGCUUAUGAGGUCUAUCCGAAGACUGAAGAUAACCUUGAUAGCAUUGUGCAUUGUAAGCAAACACAGGCGGAUGAAUCAAUGAUGAAAUUCUUACCAUCUGUUGAAGGUUUUACUUAUCAAGGUGAAACGACAUAUGAUGGUAAACUGGUGCAGAUUUGGAAGUCUGUCAAAGAGGAAGAAAAAUUUUACAGGAACGUAAAAAUCAUUUAUGUGUAUAAAAACGAAAACAAUGAACACAUUCCUGUCAGACUUCUCAUAAAGCGGUUCAUCAUUCCGAAUGCAGCUCUUGGCAGCCAUACCAUCAUCAACUUUUACAGUUUUAUUACCAACGUGAGUUCGGAUGACCUGGACGUUGGCAAAGUUGAACAAUGUGAAGUCGCAGAGCCUUUGGGCACAAACCUAAAACAUGAUCUCGAAAACCUCUAUCCUCAUCUUGAUUCCGAUGUAAACAAGGCUUUUCAAAGAUAUAAAAAUUACCAUGGAAGAAAUUAUAAGGACAAGGAAUCUGAAGUAAGGAAAUUAAUCUUUGAAGAUAAUUGGAGACGCAUCGUAGAUCACAAUCGCAAAAACCUGGGCUAUAAGUUGGAAGUUAACAAAUUUGCUGACCGUUUCGACGAGGAACUGGUACACCUUUUCGGAACCAGACCCUCCGUCUCUAACGCUCUUGGCACUGAGCCGUUUCCUUUUUCCGAAGAAGAACUAAAAGCUAUGGAAGAAGAACUACCAAGCAAUUUUGAUAUGAGGCAAGAUGGUAUAAUAUCGUCUAUCAAAAACCAAGGAGAUUGCGGAUCUUGCUGGGCGUUUGCAACCACGGCUGCUAUCGAAGCGGCUAUUUCGAGAAGUAAUGGCGGGCGGAAUAUCGACCUUAGUGAACAGUCCUUAGUUGACUGCUCUUGGAGCAAACGUACGAGUAUUAAAUUUAAAUCUAACCACGGUUGUGACGGUGGGUUCUUAGACAAGACGUUUAAAUACGUGACAUUACACGGCAUACCAACGCAGAGGGAAUAUGGACCAUACUUAGCACAGGACGGUUACUGCAAAAUGAAGAAUAUGACAAACAUUUAUAACAUCAAAGGAUUUGCUAAGGUGCCGUCGCUCAGUGAGACCGCUCUGAAGGCGAUUCUCUACAAAUUUGGACCCGUCGCUGUUGUCAUCAAUUCCGAGUCAUCAAUGCUCUAUUACUCUAGCGGAAUUUAUUAUGAACCUGUGUGCAACAAAUACCCUAUCAAUCACGCGGUCACGGUGGUUGGAUACGGUGUCCGCGACGGCACGAACUACUGGAUCGUGAAGAACUGCUGGGGUGAGGACUGGGGUGAAGACGGCUACAUACUCAUGUCAACUGCACAUAACAAUUGCUUCCUCAUGACCGACGGCUAUUACCCUAUCGUUUAG